AUGCCCGCACCAAAGUCGAUCAUCAUUGUUGGAUCUGGGGUUUUUGGGUUAUCCACGGCCCAUGCAAUGUCCCAGAAUAACGAAUUCGCGAGUAGCAAGAUCACCCUAAUUGACAGUUGGAACUUCGAGCCAUCCGGGCCCUCCGCCUCAGCCCCUAAUCCCAGCGCCGCGAAUUUCGAUACUUCCCGCAUCAUUCGCAGCGAUUACUCGCACAGAAUCUACGCCACACUCGCCCGCGAAGCACAGCAGAAGUGGAAAGCAGAAUGGGGCGCGGAUGGACGUUACCGCAACCAGAGCAUUGUCAUGAUCGGGGAAGGUCACUCCAUGAAGCAGCCGAUGAAAGCGUUGGAGAGCAUCAACUAUGUCAAGCACGCCUAUGCCCAAAGUUACGAGCGAGCGGGGCGAAACAGUGACAUUGUGCACAUCCUGGAUUCGGAGUCAGCCGUAUGGGAGGCACUCGGACUCGGUACUCCAGAUGAGGCUAGUAAGGCUGGCCCUAACGCGUCGGAGUUGAGGGGAUACCGAAACCACAAUUGCGGAUGGGCGGAAAGUGGAGCCACGAUGGCUUGGCUGCGUCAAAAAACCAUUCAUUCGGACCGCAUCGACAUCCAUAUUGGUCAAGUCGUGGGUUUGCGGGUCUGUUCGGACUCGCCGUCCGAAUCUCACGUCAACGCCGAGCCCCGAGUCUGCGGUGUCAUCCUCGACGAUGGAAGCCAAUUGACCGCCGAUUUGACCGUAUUGGCUGCCGGCGCUAUGACGCCCCGGCUGCUGGGAUCUCCCACCCUAUGUGAUGUCUACAGUGAGACGGUGGCCUACGUGCAGUUAACGGAGAUGGAACGCCGAGAACUAGUUCGGAGAGAGUUCCCUCUCAUUGUUAAUGUCGCAAGAAAGAUCUUUGCCAUCGGACCCGAUAAUCAGGGAUUCUUGAAGUUGGCUCGCUUCUCCUGGAGCGGCUAUCGGGACGUCCAAAAAUUCGCAGGAGUGGAUGUUGGCCCCCGAUCUCAGGCUGCACCUCAAGGGGAGGACGGUUAUGGGGCUUGUGGUGAUCUUGAUCAGACAAAACUGAGUCCGGAUGUGGAAUCGACAUUGCAGGAUUACCGGGGGUUUCUGAGGGAACUCUUCCGGUCAAGGGAUGGAGGAGACUUGGGGUGCUUGCGUAAUAUUGCAACUAGACCCUUUGCUCAGGUUCGCAGAUGUUGGUAUGCGGACACCGUUUCUACUGACUUCAUCGUCGACUACCAUCCGGCCUAUGGGAAGAGCCUCUUCAUCGCUACUGGGGGCUCAGACCAUGCUUUCAAGUUUCUCCCAGUCUUGGGGGAGAGAAUCUGCGAGCUGAUCUUGCAGAGUUAUAACGGUAAAGCGGGACCAAGUGAAUCCAUUCAGGAAUUGCAACGUCUAUGGAAGUUUCCAGGCGGGGAUAGUCACGCAAAACUGUAG